AUGACCCCGUCCCCAUUGCAUCAUCGAGUGACCCCGAACUGGAAACCGUCUCACGUAGAGCCGCAAGCUGACAUUUCUCGUCCAAACAGGGUCCGAACACUCACCGGCAAGGAGAUUGAGCUUGAUAUUGAGCCUGACUAUAAGGUCUCUCGGAUAAAGGAGCGUGUUGAGGAGAAGGAGGGAAUUCCUCCGGUCCAGCAACGGCUCAUCUUUGGCGGCAAGCAGAUGGCGGAUGAUAAGACAGCCUCAGAAUACAACCUCGAAGGUGGCGCCACACUCCAUCUCGUGCUCGCUCUGCGUGGAGGAUGCGCUGCAAUGUCGAUGUAA